GACGUCAUAGUCAGAAAAGGAAUUGUACCUACCUGCCUGGUAGCUGAUGGCGCGUGCAUUGUGAUACCACUAAAUAAAUGGCUUGAUGCUUCAAUAUAACUUGAGGUAUGAAACGAAUAGUGCGUGCAGUGUCAAAGUUGUUAUUGUCAUGAGAAUAACGGAUAAUCGGGAUCAACCAUUAUCGCAGGAUACUCGCAGUUAUUUUAAUAUAAUUGAUACAAGCUAUUCAAUUGCACUUUUACCACCUCAUCCCGAUUAACUCAGACUUCGGCAACAUGGAGCCCAGCGCGAACGUACUUGUCGCUCUGGCCGAUCGCAUUACCAAACAAGUCGCAAACCUUAGCAAAUACCUCGAAGACAGUGAUAUUGGCAUGUCCGACUUCACUGUCGAGUCACGCGAGAGGCCGAAUACUGGAGAGUUCAAGACCCUUCAUAGCGAUCUUACGUCGUCUCUUGAGGACCUUCAGUAUCUUAUAGAUGGGCCUCGGGCAUACAUGCGCUCGUUCAUUUGCAGUGGCAACGACCUCGCCGCUUUCCAAAUCGCGUUUGAAUUCGGCUUCUUCAACCUUGUUCCUACUGACAGAGCGAUCCCAAUCGCAGAGCUUGCGAAGAAAGCAGGUAUGGAUGUGGAUAGAACGGCCCGCGUCAUGCGAAUGAUGGCGACCCGUCGAACUUUUGAGGAAAAAACCCCCGGGGAAUUUACUCAUACUGCAGCCUCUCUCGUUUUCCACGAAGAUGAAAGCUUCCGAUGUGCUGGGCAUUACAUGGUAGAUGAAAUGUGGAAAGCUGCAACAGCGACGGCGGAAUGUGUCAAAGCGUCGCCUUAUGAGUCCGAUAGCUCACAUUCACCAUUCAAGACAAGAUUCGGUAUUCCGUUGUUCGAGUAUUACGCCAAAAACCCGGGCUAUGCAGCUAGGUUUGCCAAGGCUAUGGCAGGAGCAACUAAAAUCGAUCGCCAGGUAACAGAGGUUGUUGACGGCUUCCCAUGGGAUGGAAUUCGGGGAACCGUCGUUGAUGUAGGCGGGGGGAGUGGCCAUUUAUCUGUUAGCUUAGCUCGAGCCUUUCCUCAUCUUUCCUUUGUCGUACAAGAUAACUCGGCCUCUAUGCUAGCCCAGGGCAAAGAUUCUGGUCUGCGUGACGUCGAAGGGCGCAUAUCUUGGAUGCAGCACGACUUCUUCGAGCCUCAGCCAUUACGUGGGGUCUCUGCCUUUAUCAUCCGUCAGUGCCUCCACAACUGGUGCGACCGUGAUGUAGUCAAAAUAUUAGAGGCACUCGUACCAGCGCUGGAGAAGUGUGAUGAUGGAACUCCGUUGCUUAUCAACGAGACGGUGCUCCCACAGCCUGGUACCAUUCAUGCCCCGGAGGAACGUGGUUUAAGACAGAUGGAUAUGCUUAUGCUUGUAACCCUUGGCUCCAAGCAACGAACCAAGGAGGAAUACGAAACUCUUCUAAAGGAGGCAGAUGAUAGGUACGAAAUAUACAGCCUACAUUCUACUGGGAGCAUGGGUUUGCUUGAAGUCCACUUGAAGGUGGAGAGGAGCUAGUCACUUGGACCCGCGGUUCAUCACAACAAAUAAGCUCUUCAAGAAUUCUAGGGUUCACAGGCGGCUCUGAACUUGAUC